GCGGGCAACCUCGGGCGCGCAUUCGGCCGGCUUUGCCCGAGGCGCCCGUUGUGGCGACUCCCGCUCCGUCUCGACCGCCCGUCAGUCCCGUGCGCAUCCCGUGUCCUGCAGACCCGACGUGCUCGGAUUCUGCAGCACAGUUCUCGAUUUUGCGGCUUGCAGAGAUGCCUGGAAGGAGGGCUCGUAAGAGCUCUCAGCAGAGCCCUACGCGGGCCCCGGCAGAUCCCGAAGUCGAGUGUGCCAUUCAGUUCAGGAGGAUUGGAGACAAACUGAAUUUUCGGCAGAAACUUCUGAAUCUGAUAUCCAAACUCUUCCGCUCAGGAACCUGACUUCAGAAGCUUCCGAAUGAGGAGAGGAGACUCCUUUCAAACAGAAGAGUCCCUGGUAGAUGCAAAUUUCAUCAGUUAGAAGAGAGAUUGCCUUGUAAUGGAGAAGAAUGUGGAGGAGCUCUCACUUGCUUUCAGAUGCCCUUGGAAAUGAAGAUGGAGACGUCAAAAAUGAAUUGCUGUUGGAGGUUUUCCAGAAGUUGUCAUUUGGGAUGUGAAAACAUUAAAAAACCACUUCGUUUAUUUUAGAACAAGAAUGGAAGAGCUUUGAAAAUAGGGAAUUAACAUUUUUGUUUUGCUUAGAGGCUUGUUCUAGUAUUUUUGCUGAAGGUUGCUACCCGGUGUAAGAGGAGAUGACAAAUGACUAGACUAUGGGAAGGGGCCAAGAAACACAACAUGUUCAAUGUUUGUUUCUGCUUCGGGAUGACAACUCCAGAACAAUGUAUACUCUUUGGUUUAUAUAUAUUAUCUUGUUAAAAGUGAAAAUCUUUCCUGAGAACACUGAAUGUCAUAGUGAAUGUUGAUUUCAUAGGUCACUACAAAAUAUGAACUAAUCUGACAGUUUCUUUUGACUCAAAAUGUAUUGUUUCUGUUCAGAUGACCUUUCAUUAAAUGCGUUCCUGUGGGCCUUAACUGGGAAGUUAUAUGCUUUGAAAAAUAUUGAAGUAUUACUUGGUGCCAGUGAAAUUCUUGCAGGUUGAAUAUUAACAGAUAAAGAAAUGGGGAUUUUUGCAUAACCAGGAAUAAUGAAAAAAAGUGACAGAUUUUUUUUUUUACUGCUAUAAUUAAAACUUAGUAAAACAAAUAUUCUAAUGUAACUGUUGGCAAGAAAAUGAAUGUUUCUAAAGAAGUUUCUAAACUCUGUAAAAUGUCCUUUCAUACUAGUCAGUGUGCAUUGUAUAAGAGUGAUCUUUUAAGAGAAAUUGAGCAUGUUUUCAUAAUUGGGAUAUAUAUAUUUUAAAGGAACAGAAUGCUUAUCUAGAAUGAAAAUUGCAUUUACAUACACAUACAUAUCUUCAUCUGAAGAGAUAUAUAUAUGGCAUUAAAGUAAUAUGUAGUUUUUGAAAAAGUUUCAUGAAUUCUAUUGUUUUUUUAUUAUUAAAAGGCCAGGCUACCAACAAAGUCCCCAAAUAUAUAAAAAAGAAACAAUACCGUCAUGAUUAAAUUUCAGCAGGAAUAAUCUUAUUUAUUUUACCUAUUUAUAAUUAAAAUAUUUUUUGUUUGGUUUGAAACUGUACAUUAAAAUUGCAUUCUGAGCUUUUGUUUCAAAUUUCAUAACUACUUGAACUCUUUCAGUAAGAAUGUUUUAAUAUAGGCUGUAGUCACUUUAGAUGAAAAAUUACCUCAGCAUUGGUUUUGCUUCAGUAUUAUUACUUAAAGCUAUUAGUUUAUUUAGUUGCAAAGAUUUUUUUUUUUGCGGGGGUGGGGGUGGGGGCAGUGUGUCUUCCUAGAGGCAGGUGUUUUGCCAUGUGGAUAUUUAUGGUCUGAAACUGUAUUUAUACAUAUAUAUAGAUAUAAAAUUUGAUACUGUAGCUAUAAACUAUUAAA